AUGAGGAUUGUGAUUUUGAUCGUUGCGUUUGCAAUUUUGCUUCAAUUGACAGCGGUUACACAGGCUUUAAAACAAGAGGGUAAGUUUCAGCUUUGUUUUACUAGUAUUUCAAAGGUGUAACUUCUCUUUCGCCCGCGAAAUGUCGCAUCAGAUAAUACGUGAAAAAGUUUUCACUAUCACGGCAAGCAAUUCACUUUUCCCUACAACGCAAGGACUUACUAAGUUAACAUUUGCUAAAAUCAAAGCGUGUCAGACAUGGGAAUCUAAAAAUGAAAGCUUUACCGAUGGGGCAUUUUAAAAAACCUUUUCACACUUCAUCGGAAGAGUUAACAAGUUCGUGGUUGCCAUGGUCGCAUCCGCUGGGCAGUGCGCCCUUGACUAGCGUGUACGCACCAAGCACACGCGCUUUAAUCAGUAUAUUUUUGAAGUGCAACAAUAACGGUCACUUCUCAGUUACUCAAAAAAUCAACAACAUAUGUGGCUUGGAAAACUUUUUUGUUAUAGAUCAAUAGGAAACAAAAUUAUAAAAAAGGAUGGUGAUUUAUUUGUUCUCUCUUUUUCCCUAGAUAAUUUUCAAGCCAUUGAAUGGCAAAAACUACCUUUCGAAGAUUUUAACGAAGAAACCUUCGUGGUCGGAACUUGGAACGAUAAGGUUGGUUUUUUUUCAGAAAAAUUCUGAAAAACUUCAUGAGGUUUCAAAUUGCGGACAAUCGAAGAGAUAAUAAUAGGAUGUCUUUCACGAGGACGUGCAUCAAAAAAAAAGGGCAAUGGUUAAUGUGAAUGUUGACGUAUUUUUCAUUCCUUUUGUCAUAGGAAUACGUGAUAAAGAUUCGAGUGUUGUCACUGGAUCUGGAUAUGAAACUUGUUUUCCCCGGCAAAAGAGGCUCUCGAGAUUUGAACGGUCCACCUUUUGGGAACGAUCCACCGAAUCUUGGAAAGGUACUCAAGCCACGUUUCAAGUCCUGUACAAUUACUUGUUUCGUCGAGUUUUAUCUAAUUCGUCUUAUCCUCUUUUCUCUCGGUCUUAUUUAUAUCUGUUAGAUUCUCAAGUGCAAAGAACUACCGGAGUACCCUGGGAAUAUGACAUGUUCUGAGUACCAAGAGUACAAACGGAAAGAACCAGGACUGAUCACUCGAGUGGGGACGAUGAUAAAAAACACGUGGAGCUUUACGGUGACGACAGUGGUUGAAACUUGGAAUAUGUGUUCUAACGGCGUUGGAACAACGGCUAAGAACAUUUGGAAUGCAUUGAAAUGGAUGAUGGAUUUGGUCGGUAAAGCUUGGAAAGGAAUGUUGGAGUGGUUCGGUAGAAUUAGGAAAGGAUUGACAGAUUACGUCGGUGAAAUCUGGAACGGAAUGAAAAGGUGGGCGGAACGGAUUUUUUUAACGAUGAUGUGGGCGGAUGAAUAUGUUUACCAUGGAGGCUUACGGGUGGCCGAGUGGUACUGGCACUAUACAGAAUGGUUGACAGGGCUGACUUGGAACGGAACGGAAUGGAUUUGGGAUCAGAUUCAAUGGUUGAACGGCGUCUCAAAGGAAAAUGCUUCAUGGCUAGCUGAGAAAGCAUGGAUUGGAUCAAAACAGUGGGCCGAGUGGGCAUGGGGGGAAGCGAAACGGUUAGCGGACUGGUCAUGGAAAACGAUUAAAAGGAAUUGUAAACCACUUGAACCUGCGCUUGAGUACGUUUUGGAGACGGGAGAAGUUCUGAUCAAGUUUUACAAUAAAUAUGUUCACGGUGAGUAGAAAGCCUUGAGAGAAAUACUCCAACGAACUCUGUGAAAACCCUUGGAAAUAUUCCUGUAUACUCGAGAGAUGGCCAAAUCAAGUUUCAAUUUCUUUGAUGUAAUUUUUUUGUUUCCUUUCCUAACAGGACAUCUUCUCAAAAUUAAAAGCCACAUUAUUAUCUCGACCUGGCGUGAAGCUGGUCACACAAUCUCAGUCGUAUUGCUGAUGAACUUUGUUGUGCUGGCUGUUUAUAAGUUGAUUUCGUGGCCUGUGAAGUUGAUCCGGCGAAGACGGUGAGUAGAGAAACAAAACCGAUAUAAAAAAACAAUUGGCUAAGGUAUUUUAACAAACUCAUACAUCGAAAUCGUAGGAAACUCUUUAAACAGCCUAUUAGUUUUAACUAAGUCACCAAAUGGACGUUUUAUGUCUACUUUUGACAAAUGCUUUCUCUCCCAACUAACCUUUGCUAAUUUCCUUCCUGCAAUAUUUCAUUACAGGCAAGCUUACAAAGAAUGGAAAGAAGCCGAAGAAGCUUCCUGGAGAUUACCACCAAGACGUCAGUCUCGACAAAACAAUCGAGUCUGGGAAAAUCCCAAGAAGAAAAAGCUCUACAGGAUUAAAAAUUGA